AUGGAGGAAGUGGCUUUAUGGAAACGAGUCUUAUCAGCAGUUUUCUAUGGAGUCACAUCUAUAAUUGUUGUUUUUGUCAACAAAAUCUUAUUAACGAAUUUUAAUUUGAUUAUUCUCCAUAAAUGCUUCCACUCAAGUUGGAUUUCCAGGUUCCCUUCAUUUCUAUUUGUCGGAUUCGGUCAGAUGAUAGCAACAGUUUUAGUAUUAUUUUUUGCUCGACUGUUAAGAAUUGUCUCGUUUCCAUCAUUGGAUUCUUCCAUCCCACGGAAGAUUAUGCCACUUCCUCUGCUGUUCGUCCUCAACUUAGUUUCAGGCCUAGGUGGUACGAAGCUAAUCAACUUGCCGAUGUUCACGGUUCUUCGAAGGUUUUCAAUACUGAUGACGAUGGUCUUGGAAUACUAUAUCUUAGGGUAA